AUGGCGGAGGCUCUUGGAGCUUGGUUGGAGGCAAGUUUGGAUCCAAGACGGAAUAAGGAAGCUGAGAGCGCCCUUCGUCAAGAAGAAUCGAAGCCAGGCUUUUCGCUGCAGCUUCUUCAGAUCACUGCCUCGGAGUCCUAUCCCUCAAGUAUUCGCCUUGCUAGUGCCCUAUGCUUCAAAAACUUCAUCAAGAGAAACUGGACCAAUGAGGAUGGAGAGUACAAGUUACCGCUCGAUGAGGUUGCCACUAUCAAGCGCGAGUUGAUCUCCUUGAUGAUUUCUGUCCCUCCUGCCAUUCGGACUCAGCUGGGUGAGGCUGUCAGUGUGAUCGCCGAUAGUGAUUUCUGGGCGCGCUGGGAUACUCUGGUGGAUGACCUUGUUUCAAAGCUGUCACCGUCCAACCCUACCGUCAAUAAUGGCGUUUUGCAGGUUGCGCACUCGAUUUUUAAGCGCUGGCGACCUCUUUUCCAAUCCAACGAUCUUUAUCUCGAGAUCAAUCACGUUCUCGAGAAAUUUGGCACCCCGUUCCUAGCCCUCUUGGAGGGACUUGAUAACUAUCUUGAGCAAAACAAGACCAACAAGGAGAACUUGACACAAGGCUUUACCCAGCUCAACCUGAUGAUCAAGUUGUUCUACGACCUAUCCUGUCACGACCUUCCUCCGAUGUUCGAAGAGAAUAUCCAGGCUAUUGCCGCGCUUUGGCACAAGUACUUGAUAUAUGACAACGAACUUCUUCAUACCGAUGACGAUACCGAGGCUGGUCUAUUGGAAUAUGUCCGUGCUGGUAUAUUCGAGGUCUUGACUCUGUACACGCAGAAGUACCUAGAUGCUUUUGGGCCAUAUGUUAGUCAAUAUAUCCAGAGCUCGUGGAACUUUUUGGCAACCAUUGGCCAAGAAACCAAGUAUGACUUGCUCGUGAGUCGGGCUCUUCAUUUCUUGACGUCGGUGGCUAGCAUGCCGGAGCAUGCCGUGUCUUUCCAAGCCGAAGAAACCCUGGGUCAGAUUAUCGAGAAGGUCAUUCUGCCCAACGUGAGUCUACGCGAGUCAGAUGAGGAACUAUUUGAGGACGAACCAAUUGAGUUUAUUCGACGCGACCUGGAAGGCUCCGAUAGUGAAACUCGGCGUCGGGCUGCCACGGAUUUCCUCCGCCGCCUGACGGAGAAGUUUGAAGCCCCCGUUACUAAAGUUGUUCUUAAGUACACCGAACACUACCUGGCCGAGUACAACAAGGACCCCUCGUCGAACUGGAAGUCAAAGGAUACGGCGACAUAUCUUUUCUCUGCUGUUGCAGCCAAGGGAGUGUCGACCGCCUCUCACGGUGUGACGUCCAUUAACACUCUGGUCAGCAUCACGGACUUUUUCCAAAACCACCUGGCUGCGGAUUUGGUAGCCACCGAUGGCCACCCGCUUCUCAAGGUUGAUGCUAUCAAGUACCUCUACGUUUUCCGAAGCAUCAUUACUCCGGAACAAUGGCAGCAAGUUGUUCCUGUUCUGGUGAACCACUUGGCCUCGUCCAACUACGUUGUCUACACGUACGCUGCGAUUGCGGUGGAGCGGGCCCUCUUCCUUAAAGAUGGCCAGGGACAGCCUGUUAUCCCCCCAGUCGCAAUCAAACCACUGGCUAACGAGCUACUGGAGCACAUCUUCCAGCUGAUCCAGCGUGAUCCGGCUCCCGAAAAGAUUCAGGAGAAUGAGUUUUUGAUGCGAUGCGUGAUGCGAGUCCUGGUUGUGAUUCAGGAUGGCGUUGUUCCUUUCGCCGACAUUGUAAUGAACCGCUUCAUCACUAUUACACAGAUCAUUAGCGCCAACCCCAGCAACCCGAGAUUUUACCACUUCUUCUUCGAGGCCAUCGGUGCUUUCAUUCGAUAUGCCGCUCCUGCAAACCCCAGCAAGCUUGAGCAAUCAUUCUAUGCUCCCUUCUCUGGUAUUCUCCGAGGGGAUGUGCAGGAAUUCAUGCCAUACGUCUUCCAGCUCUUCGCCGCGCUUCUGGAGGCCAAUCCAUCCGGUGCUUUGCCCGAAUACUACCAUGAAUUGGUCGCCCCCAUACUUAUGCCUGUCAUGUGGGAGUCGCGAGGCAACACCCCUGCCCUUGUCCGGUUGCUCUCCUCUCUCAUUCCUCGAGGCUCUCAAUACAUUGCCGAACACAACCAAAUCAUGCCUAUCCUGGGUAUUUUCCAGAAACUAGUGUCGACAAAGGCCAACGAUUCCUACGGAUUUGAUCUGUUGGAGACUGUCUGUGCAUCCUUCCAACCGGCUGCUUUGGAACCGUACUUUGUGGACAUUAUGCAGAUCAUCUUGCAGCGUCUGCACGGCUCCAAAACUGAGAGCUUAUCGAUCCGCUUUGUUCGGUUCUAUCACUUUAUCACGGCCCAUGAUGACAAGGGAUAUAACCCCGACUUUAUCAUGCAGGUGACAGAGAAGGUGCAAGAAAAGAUCUUCACCCCUCUCUAUCUUACUAUCAUCCUUGCAGACACUCAGAAGCUUGCCCGUCCGUUGGACCGUAAGACGGCUGUUGUCUCCCUCACUAAGACCCUUGCCAACUCUGAGGCAUUUGCUACGCUCUAUGCCAAGGGUUGGGGCUUCACCUGCAACACCCUUCUCAAGCUUCUUGAACUUCCCCCGGAUGUCACCAACAAGGACGAUAUAACGGCUGAAGUUGACCUCGAGGAAAUGUCCUUUGGUGUUGGCUUCACUCCUCUGAACACAAUCAAGGUGCAACAAAAGGAUCCCUGGCCCGAGACCGGUGUUGAUCUCAAGGUCUGGGUGGGCAAGUAUCUGAAGGAAGCCGAUGUUAAGCAUGGUGGCCGGAUAUCGCAGUUUGUCCAGACUCGUCUGGAUGACCAGGCCAGGGAGUUCUCGCCAGCUACAUGUCGUGAACGAGCUAGGUUGACCGUGGUUGAAACAACCAAACCAAAAUUCCAAGGUCGAAAUUGCAAUUUCCCUUUUCUAAGAGCUAACUGA